AGAAAAUAUAUAUAAAUAUAUAUAGAAAUAUGCAAUGGCGUCCUCUAAUAUUACUAUUCAGUGGAAUUGCCACUAUUUAUCUCAUUAGUUUACUUCAGGACAUGCCACAUCCACGUCCCAAAAUACUUUACACACCAAAACAUCCAUUUAGUACAAUACAGCGGAAAGCAGAGAAAAGCAUCUUGACAACAGUAGACGAUUAUGCUUAUAUCACCCUGGUCAUACCCGAGGCUUCAAAGUUUGCAGUUGGCACCGAAAAACUAAAACUAGGUGUCAAAGGUAAUUGUUCAUACAGAACACACAUUAGAAAAGCUAAUCACACGCGCACACACACACACACAUAUGGAAACAUAGGCUCUAUUAGACAGUUCAGAAAGCCAUUAUCGGUACUCGUGACCAAUAUGACAGGAGAUCAGAACUGGAGUCCUAGCCUUAGACAUGAUUUACCUGGACAGAUAUCAAGCGUGACUGAGCGAGGACAAGACUUUCUUAUUCUAUACCACGUCGUUCAGGAUGACUUUGUGUCACAUUAUGCGAGAUUGUAUUACCCGUCAAACGAUACAGGUCAAUAUGAGUACAAAGACAUUAUGUUGCCUGGGUCAACUUGGAUCAAUUCAGUAACGCUACAUGAAGAUUCUAUUCUCUUUUCAAGGGAUCCUGAUCAGUACCACUUUCACUUGAUUGCACUUCCACCCAACAUAAAGCAAGCACCUCACUCUAUAGAAAUCGUACUAAGAUCAAGCGAACUAGGAAAGCCGCUUGAUUACGCCUAUCCAGAAGCAUUAGAACAGUAUCCCUCGCUUUUAUCCAGGCUGUAUUCAGCUCAAAAAGAUACAUAUCGCGUAAUGUCUAUCAAUACCAUAAAGAAUGAAGCCAAGUUCCAGCAGACGAUCUCAAUUAUUGAUAAUACAACACUGAGUGAACGUGUAGGUUGGAAGGUGUGGGCUAACAGGACAGAAGAGCAUCCCAUCUAUUAUGAUGAAUCUGUAGAUGACAUUGGCUUUGCACAUAUCACCUAUAAGGAUAGAGCAAACAAUAAAUCACCCAAGAUUUGCUUUGCCUUAUCAUCCGAUACAAAAACCAUUGUCCUUUCUACUGUUGACAAUAAAUUCUUUAGCUAUGAUUAUACAGAUAGGAUCGACAUUAUACAGAAUAUGCCAAUAGAAAGAGAUCGACUAUACAAACUCGAGAAUGGAACAUUUAUACCAGAAUACUAUUAUCGACAAGGCUAUGACAUGGAAAAAGAUAUUGAGAUAGCUGGCAUUAAACUAAAUCAAGAUGCAACAAUGAUGGCAAUAUGGACAAAAGAAAAGAACAUCUACAUCUAUAAAAGACAAGUCGAAUAUGUAACUAAUAACAGUAAUAAGACAGCAGUUGAAGAAUGGAUUGACUUGCUAUUUCCAAAUGAAGAUGAACGCUAUAUAUAUCGUGAAUACCUUCCUCCUCCAUGGGAAAUAACCAUGGAGAUCACGUUGCCUACAGAAAAAGAUAUUAAAGACGUCAAAUUCUAUGAUAGAUAUUUUUUUGUCGUUCUGGAUCAAGGUCGUAUCUUUUCUUACAUCAUGGAUGAUAUUGAAGAACAAGAGCCAGUGAACUUUAUAACCUUUAUCAAAAGUAAAUGGGAUAUGCUUAUUGGUAAGUACUAUAUAAAUAUAGACUGUAGUAUAAACUAAUAGGAUGAUAGCCAUGUGUACUAUUAUCGUCAU